GUCCUUUUUAAAUAGUGUGGGUUCCCAAUUGAAACUAGAUGAAACAGAUUUUCGGGAGAGCUGUUAGAUUCGAGAUAGGCGAAACAGAAUAAAAAAUAUAAUCGUUGUUUUAGUUACAUUUUCUGUAUCAUAAAUUGUUAACCUAGUUAUGUCUUGUUUAACUAUAUCCCGUCACAUCAUUACUGUAUUCCGCCGCUCUCAAACUCGCUCUUAAAGUACGCACGCGGAUGUCUUUGUGUAGGCAGAACUAUCAUGAAGAGUGUGAAGCUGGUGUUAAUAAGCAAAUUAACAUGGAGCUGUACGCAAGCUAUGUUUAUAUGACUAUGGCUUUUCAUUUUAAUCGUGAUGAUGUUGCGCUGAACGGUUUUUAUAAAUUUUUCCUAAACGAGUCGGAAGAAGAGCGACAACAUGCUAUUAAGUUAAUGACUUAUCAAAACAUGCGGGGUGGUCGGAUUGUGUUACAAGAUAUAUCGGCACCUCCUCAACUUUCAUGGAAUUCGGGACUUCAUGCUAUGCAGGAUGCUCUUGAUUUAGAAAAGAAGGUCAAUCAGAGUCUGAUGGAUUUACUGGCUGUUGGUGAAAGACACAGAGAUACGCACUUUUGCGAAUUUAUUGGUAAUGAAUAUUUGGAGACUCAGGUACAGUCUAUUAAAAAGCUUUCCGAUUACAUUACUAAUCUCAAUCGUGUGGGUACUGGUCUUGGAGAAUACACAUUCGACAAAGAAACUCUACAUGGCGAGAGUCAAUGAUUUUUUGUACCAGCAAAUUGUUGUAAACUGUUUUCGACCUACAAUCGAUUAUAUUUUGUAUAAUUUAAUGAUAUUUACUGAUUAAUUUAUGUAUUCUGAAGUUAAAUGUAUUAGGAUUUAGAUCGUUACCAAGUGAGGUUAAUAGUGACUUGUUGUUUAUGCUUUGCGUGUGACAAAUACUAGUCGGUAUUUUCUGAAAAAGUAUUUUUAAGCGAUCAGUCUUUUUAUGUGCUGAUGCUUAAGCCACGUGGUUUCGGCAGUAUGCCAUCUUAGAUCCACAGCCUGUUGUUGACCUUAAAUAUAUAUUUCUCCAUAAAUUAACGUAGCUUCUUGCUUAAAUAGUAUUACUGUUGUUGGUUUGACCAAGGAAAUUUUCUCACUACUACUAUUAAACAUACCUGUUACAAAGAAUGUAGGCGAUUUAUUGAUGUAUCAAACACCGAUUCACAGCUGAUGAAAACGAUUUCAGAAUGUGCAAUGUUGUUUAUCUCUUUAAAUGUCGAUAAACACGUAAAUUGGCGGUUGAUGCUGAUUAAUCAGCUUUUCACAGUAUCAAUAGAGUAGCUGCUUUGAAUAACAUGCAACUCAAUUACUGACAUGUAUUUCGCUUCUUACUCAUAAUAACAUUCCCCUGUGUAAUGCGUUUGUUGCUUAUUUUAAGCGUUUAAUGUGGAGCACGUUAACAUGUAUUAUUAAAAUGUAUGGAUCAAGUUAUUAUUACUGAACUAUACAAAACUUCAGAAUACCCACUGUCAAACAUUUAUGGUUUUCAAAUUAGAAAUAUUCAUCUGAAUUUAAACUAAUAAUUUUUGUCGUAUUUCAAAAGAGAAAGUUUUGUUGAAGACUUUACCCAGUGUUAGUGAAAUGAGUUAACCGUGGAAAUGUGAUUUCCUUUCUUCGUUACAUCAUUGUUUCGGAAUCACGUUAAUGUAUAACAAGUGGUGAUAUUAUUUAGCAGGAUGCUGACAAUAUGUCUGAUGAAUUGACAUCUGUGAAAAUAUCCUACUGUCUAAUUCAUAUCUUUUUAGAAGCAGUAUACAGAUGGUAUGAUGUAGCUUGGAAUCAACGACGGUGGCGCAAAUGUAACUAGAGUUUAUUCUGUUCUUAAUGCAUUAAUCUUUUCAUUCGUUUAUAACGUUAUUGUGUUCUAAGUAAUCUGUGAUUGUGCUAGUAAUUCGGGUGGGUUCUAUGGUAUCUAACGUGACUUAAUUAGUAUUACUUUAACGAAAGGUAGCGACUGCAAGUACACUAUUAGGAAAAGUUACCUAAAUAUUUACAAACGCUAAAUAAUGCAACCGAUCGCCUGUUCAUUUUAUUCUGCUCUAAUUGAUGCC